AUGGAGACACAAGACAGUCCCGGACCUGUAUAUAACAACAAGGAGGAAUUGUACGCUCAUCUUGCACUUCAAGUGGAAGGCUUCGCCGACCUCCCAAACCGCAAGGUUGUUCCUAACACGAACACUAUGAUCGUUUUGAGCAACGUUGCUGCGCUUCUCUUCUACGAGCUGAACCGUCAUGCGAAUCCGUCAGCCAUGCUCCAGCAGCUGCCUGUGAACUGGCUUGGCUUCUAUCUGCUGCAGAGCCCACAGCUGCUUGUGCUUGGCCCAUUUCAGGGCCGCCCAGCGUGCACAGAGAUUAAACUAGGCCGCGGGGUCUGCGGGAAAGCUGCGCAGGAGGGGGAGACUCUCAUCGUCGCGGAUGUACAUGAGUUUACUAGCCAUAUCGCGUGUGAUAGUUUUUCUAACUCAGAGAUUGUCAUCCCAAUCAAAACAACAGAGGGACACGUUGUUGGUUUAAUUGACGUUGACAGCACCCAGUUGGGCUUCUUUGAUGAAGUGGAUUCAGAAGGCCUGCAGACCAUCGCCAAGAUUCUCUCACAGCACCUGGAGUUUCCGAUGGGACGUGUGCUGUCGAUGAAUCCCAUGCUGGCGAACGUGGCACUACACAACGCGAAAGCCACACCCACUGCCGCUGCUUCAGACAUCCGUAGUGGUGGCACAAUGACAGUGCAAUCGCUGCCGCGACCUCCAGGGACCAAGAUUGCGGCGGCUGUCCUCUCACCUGCGUCAUCGUCGACGACUGUUUUGACGCCACUCACUGAAGUCCCGGCUCUUUCCAAGGAGCCACAACGUCGUGUGAAGGAAGUAUCUGGCUGGGAGUUCACGGUAACAGAGCUCUCACGCAUAUUGACGCAGGAUGAGAUGCGGCAGUAUGAGGAGGAAAUUGGCAUCAGCGCCAUCCCUGAGAUACAGUUUGCGUUCAACACGCUUUCGAUUACACCCGUUGUGCGGGACGGUGCCCCACUGAUAACGUUUUCACUGAAGGAAAUGCUGCGCUCUGCGGCUGAGUUCUACCGCACUGAUGCGUACCGCCUGAAGAUUGCCCCACAGCUGACGAUUCCUGUUGCAGAGUCGUGGAAGCACACGUCAUUCGCGACGUUUGACCCGAAGGUUGACUGGGCAUGGCGCAACAAUUACUUCGGCGUCGACACGAAGCGUUGUACGCUGAAGUCGCUGGUGCCCUCCAUGCCUGGGGUGAACUGGGACCUGCUGAAGGAUCAGUCACUGCCGAUCCUCUUCUUCCACAACUUUGACAUUAUGGAGGAUGACCUCCACGACCAUGGUGUUGUGACGAGUUCUGUUCGUGUCCGCGUCAUGCCGCAGGCGUUUUUUAUUCUUUACCGGCACUUCAUCCGCGUCGACGGUUACCGCGUGUGGAUGCGGGAUGUUCGGCUCUACAAUGAGUACGCGGUCAGGCGCCCCGACGGGCAGCCGCACAUCGUCAUUCGCGAGGAGUUGCGGAUGCUCGAUCUUGACGACAGCGACGAGUGGCGCGAGCUCACCCCGGACGAGUACGCGCAGCGGGCGAACGUGGUGGAGGUGAACGAUUUUUUCGUGGACUUCGAUGCCACCAGCGACCACACGUGGUGGCACAGUAUUGGCGUGACACAGCGGUAA